AUGGCAUUUGUCAAAGAUCUCGCAACUGCCGGCAGGAGCGUAGAGAUUUGGAUGAGAGAUUUGGAGCAGAUUAUGAAGCUUUCCGUUAAAAACGCACUCCAUCAAGCAAUAACGGACUACGCCAAAUGCGAGCGAACAACGUGGGUUACAAAACAUGCUGGGCAGUGUGUGCUGAACGGUAGCCAGGUCCAUUGGACCGCCUUAGUUGAAGAUGCCAUUCAAACCGGGCAGCUUAAAAGCCUCAUGGAAGCUCGCACAAGGCAGCUACUAGACCUGGUCGCACUUGUUCGAAAGGGACUCAACUCGAUGCAGAGCAUCACCAUUGGGGCUCUUAUUGUAAUUGACGUCCACGCCAAAGACAUCGUGCAACGUCUUUGGGACGAAGAGGUGUCCAGCGUGGAAGCGUUUGAAUGGAUUGCCCAGUUGAGAUACUAUUGGAGAGAUGACAACUGCUGGACCCAGUGUGUGCAGACUGACUUCCCGUAUGGCAACGAGUACCUUGGAAAUACUUCACGGUUGGUGAUCACUCCACUAACGGACAUGGCGUAUAUGACGUUGAUGGGGGCUCAACAGCUUAACCUCGGCGGGUCACUGGCAGGCCCUGCAGGAACAGGAAAGACAGAAACCACGAAGGACUUGGCGAAAGCUUUGGCAACCCAGUGUGUCGUUUUUAACUGCUCCGAAAUGAUGGACUACAUCAUGAUAGCAAAAUUUUUCAAAGGAUUGGUUUCUUCAGGAGCAUGGUGUUGUUUUGAUGAAUUCAACCGAAUCAAUGUGGAGGUAUUGUCCGUUAUUGCGCAACAACUGAUUGUGCUGUUUGGAGCGAAAAAUCAACUUCAAGGCUACGAUACGACGUUGGAGAUUGAUUUUGAGGAUUCGCGCAUAGUGGUUGAGCCUAUAUUCAACGUAUUUAUCACCAUGAACCCUGGGUACGCCGGCAGAACGGAGCUUCCGGAUAACCUCAAAUGCCUUUUCAGGCCUAUGGCCAUGAUGGUACCAGAUUACUCGAUGAUCGCUGAAAUUAUGCUAUAUAGCUUUGGUUUCGAUCAAGCCAGGGAAUUGGCAACGAAAAUGGUUGCAACGUUCAAGUUAUCAUCAGAGCAAUUGUCAUCUCAAGAUCAUUACGACUACGGCAUGAGAGCGGUUCGAUCAGUCAUCAAUGCAGCGGGGGCAUUAAAAAGAAAACAUAGCAGUAUGGACGAACAACAAAUUCUGCUUCAAGCACUCAAAGAUGUGAACGUCCCGAAGUUCCUGUCUCACGAUCUUCCUCUGUUUGAAAAUAUUAUUGCUGAUCUGUUCCCUGGAAUCGAAAUACCCCGCUCUGAUAACCAGCUCCUUCAAGAAGCACUUGCACUUCAGUCGGAGGUGCUGAGGCUGCAGCCGGUUGAAGCCUUUAUGCUGAAAGUGAUGCAACUUUACGACACAGUUCAGGUUCGUCAUGGCAUCAUGCUUGUGGGCCCCACAGGAGGGGGCAAGACAAGCAGCUACAGACUGCUAGCUGCCGCCAUGAGCGACCUACAUAAGGUCCCCGGAUUUGCCAAGGUGCAUGUCGACGUGUUGAACCCGAAGUCCGUGACUAUUGGGCAGCUUUACGGAUGUUUUAAUGAAACAACCCAUGAAUGGACAGAUGGCUUGGCAGCGGCACUCAUUCGCCAUUCAAUUCGCGACACUUCCCCCGAUCAGCAUUGGAUCAUGUUUGAUGGUCCAGUUGACGCCCUGUGGAUUGAAAGCAUGAAUUCUGUCUUGGAUGACAACAAAAAGCUAUGUCUCAACUCCGGAGAAAUUAUUGCUCUAACGCCAAGAAUGGUAAUAAUGUUUGAGGUCGAAGACCUAUCCGUAGCAUCUCCUGCAACAGUUAGUCGCUGUGGAAUGGUGUAUAUGGAGCCAGACGUCCUUGGUUUUCGGCCACUUGUUGCUUCUUGGCUAAAGGGGCUUCCUCCAACAUUCAAAGAUGCACAUAAAACACUCAUUGAAGAACUGUGCGAUAACAUAAUCGCUGGAGGGACUGUUUUCAUCAGAAAGCAGUGCAAGGAGGUCAUAAGGACGGUGAACUCUAACCUCUGCGUGUCUUGUCUCCGAAUGCUGGGCUCCAUUUGCUCCCGCUACCGCCCAGUGGACAAGCCAGCCGAUAGUGAACAAGGAGAUGUGCUGCUUUCGCGUCUUCCUGCCGCCUUUAUUUUCAGCUUUGUUUGGUCAUUUGGGGUCGCAGUAGAUGGCCCGAGCAGGAAGAAAAUCGACGACUGGCUUCAAAACAGAGUGCGAGAGCUUGGGUUUGAUAUUGAUCUUCCAGCGGCAGACUCAAGCUUUUUCGACUUUUGCUACGAUAUCAACAGCCAUCGGUGGACCCACUGGGAAGACACAGCAUCAUCAUUCGUAGUACCAAAGGGCGCGACGUACGAGAACAUCGUAGUCCCAACAUUAGACUCCAUCCGUCUGUCUUACUCGAUCAGCACGUUGCUUCUAAACGGGCAUCCUGUCAUCUGCCCAGGGCCUACUGGAACUGGGAAGACUGUCGUUUUGACGGAGCUUCUCUUACUCUCUUUACCGGAAAAUUUUGAAGCUCAUCUCAUGAGCUUUUCUGCGCACACGCGCGUCAACCAGGUGCAGGAUCUGCUAGAAGCAAAAUUGGAGAAGAGACGAAGAGGAGUUUAUGGCCCAGCCGCCGGUAAAACGUGUAUAUUCUUUAUUGACGACUUAAACAUGCCACGGAAAGAAGAAUUCGGAGCUCAGCCUCCACUGGAACUUUUAAGGCAGUGGUUCGAUCACAAAGGCUGGUACGACCGCAAGGCUCUUGCUUUCCAGGAAGUUGUGGAUGUUGCCAUGGUUGCUGCCAUGGGUCCACCAGGAGGAGGAAGGAACGAAAUAUCUGCACGUUUGUUGAGACACUACUGUGUCCUAGCUUUCAACGAGCUCCAAAGAACUUCCAUUGCGAAAAUUUUCCAGACAUUAAACAAGUACUGCUUCCAGCAAUUUCCUCAGAAUAUUCAGGCCCUCACAGACCCACUGGUAUUCGCAACAAUUGAUCUCUAUGCAGAGGUUACCAAAGCAUUGCUUCCAACCCCAAUGAAAUCCCACUACACAUUUAACAUGCGUGAAAUAUGGAAGGUUUUUCAAGGACUUUCAUUCCUCUCGCCGAAGGUAGUAAAUGAGCCAACGGCGGUUGUUCGGUGCUGGAUUCAUGAAGCUUGCCGCGUGUUCUGCGACCGCCUAGUUGACGACGAGGACAGAAGGUGGUUCCACGAGCUUCUUCAACAGCAAGCCAAGCAAACGUUCGGUGUUGAUUUUACAGACACAAAAGAAAUUUCAUCUAUGAUAUUCGCCGACUUCGUGCAGCAUUCGUCAGACAGACAUUACUUGGAGGUCGCUUCUGCUGAAAAGCUCAAGCGCGUAGUCGAAGACUACCUUCAGGACUACAACAACACCUUUUCAGUUCCAAUGCAACUCGUGAUGUUUGGAGAUGCCUGCGGUCAUGUGACACGGAUCUGCCGUGUACUUCGGCAACCAUCAGGGCACGCUCUUCUCCUGGGAGUGAGAGGCUCAGGACGCCAAUCGCUCAGUCGCCUCGCUGCCUUCAUCAUGGAGACGGAAUGCUUCCAAAUCGACGCAUCAAAAGGUUACGGAAUUUCAGAAUGGAGAGACGACUUGAAGACGUGCUUUAUGAAAUCUGGCUUGGAGGACAAAGUGCAAACAUUUCUGUUCUGCGAUUCUCAAGUUCUGGAAGAAACUAUGUUAGAGGACAUCAACAGCGCUUUAAAUUAUGGAGAUGCUCCCAAUAUAUACAAAAAGGAAGACAACGAGGAAAUCAUGAAGGUUUGCAGAGCAUACUGCAAGCAGCUUGGCAUGGCCCCAACAAAAGGAAACGUUUUCAAUGCCUACGUAAAAAAGGUCAAGGCAAACCUUCACAUGAUUCUGGCCAUGAGCCCAUUGGGAGUGCAGUUUCGCACAUGGCUGAGAAUGUUCCCCUCUUUCACCAAUUGCUGCACCAUCAACUGGUUUUCGGAGUGGCCAGCAGAGGCCCUAGUAUCCGUUGCACACAUGCAAAUGGAGAAAAGCGAUGUGGUAGUCCAGUCGUAUGAACAGGUUCUCAAUGUUCUACAAGCCAUGCACAGUGGAGUUCAAAGCACUGCUGCACGAUACAGGGAAGAGCUUGGUCGGACUAUGUAUGCAACCCCUACGACGUUCUUGGAAAUGCUGUCAGCUUUUCUGCAACUCGUUCAAGCCAAGCAAGUUGACUUGGUAACUAUUCAAGAUAGAUUUGAAAAGGGAUUGGGGAAGCUUGAAGAGACGUCCAAGCAAGUGGCAGCUAUGCAGGCUCAGCUCCAAGAACUCCAGCCAGUCUUACAAGCUACGUCAGAAGAGGUGGGCUUGCUAUGA